AUGUCAACCGAAACAAAUCCAUUCCUUCCUAAAGACGAAAAAGACGAUAACAAACAAGAUAGUUCAUCGGUUAAGGAUCAUAGCGUAUCGUUGGGUAGUGCCGGUGACAUAAAUCCUGGAAUUGAAACAUCUGAUCCGGAGAAAUUAAAAAUCAAACACAAGGAGAAGAAACGUCCACCAAGUGGAAAAAGAUGCUGUCUCAGAUUUUUAACAUUGUUAGCCAGCCUUGGUGCUGAAUUUUUCAACAUCAGUGCACCCAUCAUUUCGAAACAAUCACCACCUGAAGGCUCAAAUCA